AUCGAGUUCAAAGUAGUUUCUUCCAUCUACAUGUAGCUUGCACAUCACUUUGUCAGUUACCUACCUUGCCUACCCACCCCACUUCACACUUCGAUUGAUAUCUUGACUUGGCUACAAGCCCUGAGUUUGCAAAGACGCGAUCACACAACGUUGGAGUCAUCCACAAAGACGCGUCUAGGUACGUAUGGUACGACGGACGCCACCUGUCUCAGAGAGAGGCCCUCUGGCAACCGCUUCGGUGGGAGUCGGGGUGGAAGAGAGGCAGGUCUGCGUACCGUCCUACCAAGCCCCCUCCCUCGCUAUAAGCGAUUUAUUUCAUUCCACUCAUACACGAGUCUGCAUGAUGAGGACAAGUUCCUAUCAGCGUAAUCUGAAACGCAAUACGCGUUGAUGAUGGAUCACUCACACACAUCUGACGGCUCGGACUGCACACUCCCUUCACACAUUACACUACCCCAUUCCACACACACACCUCCUCCACUUCGCAUGGGAUCCUCCGGGAGAUACCUUUUCUUCCCUAUCCUUCUGUGGGCUUUGCGGGUUUUGUGGGCUUUGUCGGCUAUUUCACAUCUUUCACGGGUUUAUGUUCGAGGGAUUGCGGGUUUUCAUCACUUACGGGCCUUACCUACGUCCCUCGAGGAGCUUAUCGCACUUGCAUACGUUUCGUGUUUGGCCACGAGAGUCACUGUCUUCCUUCAUGACUUCGACAUAACAUCCCUCUUCUUUCAAAGGCCACCAGAUGACGAACAGAGUACUGGUGGAGAUUCGUGGCUCUGUCCUCUGCGGAGUCGACUAAGGUGCCGCCCCAUGUCUAGGAACGCUCUGGGGCUGGAGAGGAAGAGGGAUCCCUUUUUUUGCAGGUCACCACAUGAUGAACGGAGUACUGGUGGGAUUCGUGACUCGGUCCUCUGCGGAGUCGACUAAGGUGUUCACCCCAUGUCUAGGAACGGUCUGAGGCCUUGUUAAAAGAUGAUACCUUUUCUCCUACACACAUCAAUCUUUUCUCUUCCUUGAUAUACCCCUACACACACACUGAUUACCAAAUCUGCAUUGAUACGGACUGGCAAUGGUUAUGAGGAUGGGAGGUCAUGAUGGAUGAUGUGCUUUGCUUCUUUGUAUGUUUGUUUGUUUACUCAAGGCCGUGUAGCUGGCGGCGGGCGACAGUACAAGAAAACCAGACCAC